AAUCCACAAAAAUCGUGUCCGAUUAUGUAUUGAUUGACAUCCGAGGAACAUGAUCUUCAUCGAGAUUUAAGAUUUUGUCAAUUUCUACCAACUGAACAUUUUCGAUCAGAAAAUAAACCCAGAACGAGUUUUCAAUUUACCAAUUACAUGUCUUGUAGGACUUCUCAAUUUGAAGAUGCGAAGUCUGAAUGAAAUUCUACGACGCCGUUUUGAUGGACCUCCACUGUUUGAAGAGGCGAGCUCUCAACAAAACCCGGUCGCCGUCGUUUCAGUCCCCCCCAAGGUGAGGAAGAUCAUCUGUAACAGGUCGUCGUCCCCAUUUGCGCUUCUCUCUCUCUCCCUGAGCUCUCUCCCUCUGUGUAUGCAUAUUUUAUCUCACUACAUCUUCGGUCACAAACGACUGUCAAUUUUCUGUGAAUUGAUUCUGGCCUGUCACAUUUCAGGCUGGCGUAGUGCUUUCAGUAAUAUUCUUGUUGGCCUGGCUUUUGUGGUGAUAUGCCCUCUUUUCUUUUUCAGGGUUGAAGAAAUCCAUCUGUCUGAAAAUUUCUCAAACGUCAGUAGUUGGUUUGAUACCACUUGUACAUUCUGUUACAUGAAUUUCAUUCAAGUUUCCGAAAUCUCGACCCAUGCUUCCAAAAGUUUCACACACUAUGGAUUGUUGAAGGAACGCUAGAACAGCCCCUUAGUGCUUCUACAUUAUAUCCAAUGCAUUACUUUGAUUUCCUGAAAUGAUAAAUUUGGAUGUUUUCCACAUGAAGCUUCAUGAAAUUACUAAGGUUUCUGGCACUGACAAACUUUCCCCAGUUGAAUGCCUUGUACUUGGCAGGGUUUUGUUCAUGCACGAGUUCCGCCACAGGCUCCACCAUGGUUGUCUAGACGUUGUAGAUAAUUGAGAAUUCGGACUUUUUUUUGUUCGAUUUGCUGCCAUAACGAAAUUGAGUAUCCUAUUAAUCCAGGAUUUCAUUAGAAUUCCCCAAAAGAGUCUGGAUCCCAUAACAGAAUUAAGUAUUGUGUUUAGUAGUUUAUAAAAAAAUGCUUUUAUCCACAUAUUUGUAUUUGUAAUGUGCCGGGUUGAAGAAGAAUGGAAUGGAAAACCUUUCCCUCUCAGAGUUCACCGUCA